AUGGCAGGUGGAGUAAUGAUAAAAAACGACGGCAAGGAGUACGCCGGAAAAAUCACCUGGUUCGUGCUGCUUUCUUGCAUGAUUGCAGCUUCCGGCGGCAUCAUUUUCGGCUACGAUGUCGGAGUCUCCGGGGGAGUGAGCUCGAUGGAGCCGUUCUUGAAGAAAUUCUUUCCGGGCGUCUACAAGAAGAUGAGAGAAGACACCAAAAUAAGCAACUACUGCAAAUUCGACAGCCAGCUCCUCACGACCUUCACGUCCUCGCUCUACAUAGCCGGCCUAAUCUCGUCCUUCUUCGCCGCCCCUAUAACUCGGGACUUCGGCCGGAGGCCUUCCAUUAUUAUAGGCGGCCUAUCUUACAUGGUUGGCGCAAUCCUCGGCGGCUUGUCCCUUAACAUUUACAUGCUCAUAAUCGGGCGCGUCUUGCUUGGUAUCGGUCUCGGUUUCACCAAUCAGUCGGUCCCGUUGUAUUUGUCGGAAAUGGCUCCCUCCCGAUACAGGGGAGCCUUCAACGUGGCGUUUCAAAUCUGCGUGAGCAUCGGCUACAACUCGGCUACGCUAAUCAACUACGGUACGGUCCGAAUCGCCGGCGGCUGGGGCUGGCGGAUUUCCAUCGCCAUGGCCGGAGUUCCGGCCGCCAUCCUCGCCUUCGGCGCCAUAUUCCUCCCGGAAACCCCCAACAGCCUCGUCCAAAACGAUGCCGACCACAGCAAGGUGAAAGACAUCCUCCGAAGAAUCCGAGGCACGAACGACGUGCAGGACGAGCUCGACGACCUGAUCGAGGCCAGCCGAGCCUCGAAAGCAAUCGAGCACCCGUUCCGAAACCUGAUGCAGAGGAAGUACCGGCCUCAGCUGAUUAUGUCGGUACUAAUCCCGUUUUUCCAGCAGAUAACCGGGAUCAACAUCAUCGCCUUCUACGCCCCGAUUCUAUUUCUGACGAUCGGGUCAGGGGAGAACGCUUCCCUGCUGGCGGCGACCGUGACAGGUGUCGUGUCGUCGACGUUCACCAUCAUAACCGUGAUUCUGGUCGAUAAAAUCGGGAGGAGGCCGCUGUUCCACUUCGGAGGGGUUCAGAUGCUGAUUUCACAGUUGUUCGUCGGGGGAAUAAUGGCGGCAAAGCUUGGGGAUCACGGGGGGAUGGAGAAGGGGUACGCGCUGGCGGUGCUGACUUUGAUAUGCGUGUUUAUGUCGGGAUUCGGACUGUCGUGGGGACCGUUGGGGUGGGUUGUGACGAGCGAGAUAUUCCCGCUGGAGAUAAGGUCGGCCGCGCAGAGCAUAGUGGUGGCGGUGAAUCUGUCGAUGACGUUUAUGAUAGCGCAGGUGUUUCUGGCGAUGCUCUGCCACAUGAAAUCGGCGAUUUUCUUCUUCUUUGCGGCGUGGGUGCUGGUGAUGGUGGUGUUUGUGUACUAUCUGCUGCCGGAGACGAAAGGGAUACCGAUCGAGAGGAUGGAGGUUGUGUGGAGGGAACAUUUCUUCUGGAAGAGGGUGAUCGGGAGCAGCCAGAUGAAAGUUGAGGCGGCCGCAUGA